AUGCACUCUUUCAAGACUGAUGAAGAGCUAACUCUAUCUCGGCUGUGUCGACAGGUGUUGUAUAAGCAUCCAUGGCAAUCUGUGAUGGUACAGAUAAUGAGAGCGGUUAUGCACUUGCCUGAUCCGCAAUGUCGGAGAGGCAAUGUGCAGGCCCUGAGGCAUGCGAAGAAUAAUUCGUUCAACGCUCGGCCUCUCGACGAUCAGGCCUGGCGGUUUACUGAUCACUUCUUGGCCAGUCUCCUCGUACUCGAGGAUCGGACGGGUGCCCUCGGGUCGGGCGUGACACUGCAGCUGUACCAAUUGCCCCGGACGCACUCGAAUCUCGCCCGGGGUUAG